GCCUUUUGUUCGGUUACUGAGUUGCUGCCUUGGCCAGAGUCCGGAGCAGCCACCGCCCGAGUGCGCUGAUCUCAGUUCGCAGCCCGCGCCGGCUCCUAUCCCGGCCCGACCCCUACCCAGCCCGGCCAGGCUCCAAACCCAGCAGCCACCAUGGAUGUGAUGAACCUGAUCGAACAGCCCAUCAAGGUGACCGAGUGGCAACAGACGUACACCUACGACUCGGGCAUCCACUCGGGGGUCAAUACCUGCGUGCCCUCGGUCAGCAGCAAGGGUGUCAUGGAGGAGGACGAGGCCUGUGAGCGCCAGUACAUGCUCAAGAAGACCACCACCUACACCCAGGCGGUGCCCCAGAGCCAAGGUGACAUGGAUUACCAGAUGUCCACGACAGCUAGAGCCAAGCGGGUGCGGGAGGCCAUGUGUCUUGGUGUGACAGGAGAGGACAGCUCCCUGCUGGCCACCCAGGUGGAGGGACAGACCACCAACCUGCAGCGGCUGGCCGAGCCAUCCCAGCUCCUGAAGUCGGCCAUCGUGCAUCUCAUUAACUACCAGGACGACGCCGAGCUGGCCACCCGGGCCCUUCCUGAGCUCACCAAACUGCUCAACGAUGAGGACCCGGUGGUGGUGACCAAGGCGGCCAUGAUCGUGAACCAGCUGUCGAAGAAGGAGGCGUCUCGGCGGGCACUGAUGGGCUCGCCCCAGCUGGUAGCAGCCGUCGUGCGCGCCAUGCAGAACACCAGCGACCUGGACACAGCCCGCUGUACCACCAGCAUCCUUCACAACCUCUCCCACCACCGUGAGGGGCUGCUUGCCAUCUUCAAGUCGGGGGGCAUCCCUGCCCUGGUCCGCAUGCUCAGCUCCCCCGUGGAGUCGGUCCUUUUCUACGCCAUCACCACGCUGCACAACCUGCUGCUCUACCAGGAGGGCGCCAAGAUGGCGGUGCGCCUGGCAGAUGGGCUGCAGAAGAUGGUGCCCUUGCUCAACAAGAACAACCCCAAGUUCCUGGCCAUCACCACCGACUGCCUGCAGCUCCUGGCCUACGGCAACCAGGAGAGCAAGCUCAUCAUCCUGGCCAAUGGAGGACCCCAGGCUCUUGUGCACAUCAUGCGCAACUACAGUUACGAGAAGCUGCUCUGGACCACCAGCCGUGUGCUCAAGGUGCUGUCCGUGUGUCCCAGCAAUAAGCCCGCUAUCGUGGAGGCUGGUGGGAUGCAGGCCCUGGGCAGACACCUGACGAGCAACAGCCCCCGCCUCGUGCAGAACUGCCUCUGGACCCUGCGCAACCUCUCGGACGUGGCCACCAAGCAGGAGGGCCUGGAGAGCGUGCUGAAGAUUCUGGUGAACCAGCUGAGCAUGGACGAUGUCAAUGUCCUCACCUGUGCCACGGGCACUCUGUCCAACCUGACCUGCAACAACAGCAAGAACAAGUCGCUGGUGACGCAGAACAGCGGCGUGGAGGCGCUCAUCCACGCCAUCCUGUGUGCGGGUGAUAAGGAUGACAUCACAGAGCCCGCCAUCUGUGCCCUGCGCCACCUCACCAGCCGCCACCCUGAGGCCGAGAUGGCUCAGAACUCCGUGCGCCUCAACUACGGCAUCCCGGCCAUCGUCAAGCUGCUCAACCAGCCCAACCAGUGGCCGCUGGUCAAGGCGACCAUCGGCCUGAUCAGGAAUCUGGCCCUGUGCCCAGCCAACCAUGCCCCACUGCAGGAGGCGGCGGUCAUUCCCCGCCUCGUCCAGCUGCUGGUCAAGGCCCACCAGGAUGCCCAGCGCCACAUGGCUGCAGGCACACAGCAGCCCUGCACGGAUGGCGUGAGGAUGGAGGAGAUCGUGGAAGGCUGCACCGGAGCCCUGCACAUCCUCGCCCGGGAUCCCAUGAACCGCAUGGAGAUCUUCCGACUCAACACCAUCCCCCUGUUUGUGCAGCUCCUGUACUCCUCAGUGGAGAACAUCCAGCGUGUGGCCGCCGGGGUGCUGUGCGAGCUGGCCCAGGACAAGGAGGCGGCCGACGCCAUUGAUGCUGAGGGGGCCUCAGCCCCACUCAUGGAGCUACUGCACUCCCGCAAUGAGGGCACCGCCACCUACGCUGCUGCUGUCUUGUUCCGCAUCUCCGAGGACAAGAACCCAGAUUACCGAAAGCGUGUGUCUGUGGAGCUCACCAACUCCCUCUUCAAGCACGACCCUGCAGCCUGGGAGGCUGCCCAGAGCAUGAUCCCCCUUAAUGAACCCUACGCAGAUGACAUGGAUGCCACCUACCGCCCCAUGUACUCGAGCGACGUGCCCCUGGACCCCCUGGAGAUGCACAUGGACAUGGAUGGGGACUAUCCCAUUGACAACUACAGCGACGGCCUCAGGCCCCCCUACCCCACUGCGGACCACAUGCUGGCCUAGCUGCCUGGACCCUAGUGCGGUUCCCCAUCUGAGAGGCUCUCCUCCCAGGCGUUGGGGCGAGAUAGCCAAGUGCCUGAGCCUGGGCAGGAGGGCUGCAACUUCCUGCUGAACCCCGCGCCUUCAGAGGUCCUCUGUAGGGUCUUUCUCGGGAUGGCGAUCUGCUCUUGCUUUUCUGUUCUGGGCUGUGGGUCCAGGGCCCGACACCCCCUCCCACCCCCAAGGCCCUGGCACUAAAGCUUUAGACUUGAGGCCCCCACUUUGUGCCCCCCUCCUCCUGGGCUGCCCGUCUCCAUAGAGCUGUGGUUCCUUCUCCGGCUGGCUCCGAUUUGGUCACUGAGCUCCACCAACUGUACUGAGCCCCGGGGGUCUCCAGGCCCCAGGUUCAAGGCCCAAAGGCCCAGAAUCCAAAGCUUAUCUUGAAAAGUUCAGGGAUCGUCUGACCAGGGGGAUGGGGCGGAGAUGCGGAGAGUGCCUCCCCUGCUCCAGGACAUGGCCUGCUCCCUCCCCAGGAUGCGCAGUUGGCUUUGGCCCCUCCCAGGGUUAGCAGCUCCCUUGCACCUGUCCCGCCCACACAACUGCCCUAGCUGACCCCCUGAGAAGUGCUCUUGGCUGACCCCUCUGGUGUGCGGUGAGGGGCUUUCUCUUCCCCUUCCUGUUUCAGACUCCCCCCAACCACCUCCUGCACACGGGUGUGGGGGGCUGGGGAAGGUCCCAGUAGAAAAUUUUAUUAUUAUCGCUUUAUGUUUUUGGUUAUUGGUUUUUUUGUAUAGACCAAAGCAAAGAAAAUAAAACUAAGGCACAGA